AUGGACCAGCCUGGGAACGACACCGUGAAAAGCACCCUCAGCACCAUCAGCACUUCCCACACGCUGCCAGCCCAUGGCAACACAGGCAGCAGUGCUGCCGAUUACGUCACCCCACCCCCUUCCCUCCCUCCCCUCCUUCCCUCCCCUCCCCGCUCUGCCCCCCCUCCGCCCGGCUCCAUCACAGUGGUCGAUCGCCCCAUUGGCGGCCGCGCGCACCCCGUUCACCGACGUCACCUCCUAGGGGGCGACUAUAAGAGGCGGCGCGCUGCGACCGGCCGCGACCGCCGCCGCCGCCCCCGCCAUGUGAGCUGGGCGCCGCCGCCCGCGCCUCGCUCAGUUAGAGCCGAGCCCGUCCCGACCCGACCACACCCGACCGGACCGAGCGCCCCGCCGGCCGCCGCCGCCUCCAUGCAUCCCGCCCUGUACACCCGGGCCAGCAAGAUACGCGAGAUCGCCGCGGCCGUGGGCUUCAUCUCCAAGUUCCUGCGGACCAAGGGGCUGAUGAACGAGCGGCAGCUGCAGACCUUCAGCCAGAGCCUGCAGGAGCUGCUGGCAGAAGGCCAAGUUGCCUGAAUCAGUUGUUUCCCAAGCUGGAGGAAUGCCAAGUUGGCUCAAGUUAGCUCAAGUUUCAUAACUGAAGUUUGACUCAUAACGAGAUGUCAAAUAUUUUGUUCUCAUUACGAUUUUAACUACAAGAUUUAUUCUAUCCUA